GGUAAUUUGAAGACAGCUUUUGGAAUCAAUUAGCAUGGAUCCCAGCAGUGACUACCAUUUCCUCAACCAGAUCUUGUGGAGAAGGGUGAAACUCACGUUGGUCUGUGGCAUCUUCGAGGGUGUGCUUCAGCAUGUUGACCGUAACAAGAUUGUUGUCCUGAAGAAAGUGAAGAAUGUGGAGACAGGUCGGAGCGUCCCAGGAGUGAAGAUGUUUUUUGGGCAUGAGAUUGUGAAUGUGGAACUACUAGAUGAAGUGGAACAAGGCUCAGUGAGAGAAAACACAUCAUCUGUUAGUCUAAAUGCAGAAAGAACUGGGAUGGAGAAAAUGAAAGUUGAAGUCCUAAAUGUAUGUGAGUCUGUUUCUCCUGCCCCUGAAGCACCAACUACCUCUCUGCUGAAUGACCUCAAGUACAGCCCAUCAGAGGAAGAGGAGGUGACAUACACAGUCAUUGAUCAAUUCCAGCAGAAGUUUGGUGCUGCAAUGCUCCACAUCAAGAAGCAGAGUGUCCUGAGCGUGGCAGCAGAAGGAGUGAAUGUGUGUCGCCAUGGGAAACUGUGCUGGCUGCAGGUGGCUACAAAUUGCCGAGUUUAUUUAUUUGACAUUUUCCUUCUGGGAAGUCGAGCUUUCAACAAUGGACUUCAGAUGAUAUUAGAAGACAAGAGAAUUUUGAAGGUUAUCCAUGAUUGUCGUUGGCUUUCUGAUUGCCUCUCUCAUCAGUAUGGAAUUUUGCUGAAUAAUGUCUUUGACACACAGGUAGCAGAUGUCCUUCAGUUUUCCAUGGAAACGGGUGGCUAUCUUCCAAACUGCAUCACUACUUUGCAGGAGAGUUUAAUCAAACACCUUAAAGUAGCCCCUAAAUAUCUCUCCUUUCUAGAAGAGAGACAAAAACUGAUUCAGGAAAAUCCAGAAGUAUGGUUCAUCCGACCUGUUUCACCCUCUUUACUUAAAAUUUUGGCCCUGGAAGCUGCCUACCUAUUACCCCUUCGCUGGGCACUCCUAGAUGAGAUGAUGUCUGACCUAACCACUCUGGUGGAUGGAUACCUAAACACAUACCGCGGAGGGUCUGCAGACCGUCUUGGAGGCACCGAGCCUACAUGUAUGGAGCUGCCAGAUGAACUGCUUCAACUCAAGGACUUCCAGAAGCAGCGCAGAGAGAAAGCUGCAAGAGAAUAUAGGGUGAAUGCACAGGGACUCCUUAUAAGGACAGUGCUACAGCCAAGGAAAUUAGUGACAGAGGCAGCAAGGAGACAGAAUGUCAAAGGUUUCUUAUUUGGUAAAAAUUCUAGGAUAGAUAAAACUCCAAGUUUUACAUCUCAAGACUUCCAUGGGGAUGUGAAUUUACUGAAAGAAGAAUCUAUGAAUAAACAAGCUACAAAACCUCAACAUCUACCUCCCAUAGAAGCGGAAACCAGUGAGGAUUCCAGGAACAAACUCAUGUGCCCUGAGUCAAAGGGGUCAGAGGACCAGAGAAUAACUCAGAAAGAACACUUUAUGACACCCAAACAUGAGUUUCAGGCAAAUUUAUCUUUGAAAGAGAAGAUAGAACAGUUAUUGAUGGUGGAAAACAAGGAAGAUUUAAAAUGCACAGAACAGGCUGUUUCAGUGUCUCCUUCUCUUCCUCAGGACACCAGAGUGUCUCCAAGUGAAACCUUUUAUCCUACAAGAAAUGCUGUGCUUUCCGCACUCCCUCCUUGUCCAGCCUUGGAGAAGACCCAUUCCUGGAUAAAUGCCUCUCUAAAUCUUCCUUAG